UAAAUGAUAGAUGAUAGGUGAUAGACAGGGAAAGGAAAGAAGAUGAGAUCUGAGUCUGAGAUCCUUUGGCGCUGUCGCUGUCUAUCCAUGUUGAUAUUUUUUACUUUUUGGAGAAUGAAAUAUUCAUUAAUUUGAAAGACCUAUUUUAGUAUAAAUUUUGAGCAAUAUAAAAGUGAAUGAGCUGAACGAUUUGCGUAUUAUAUUACUAAACUACAAAGAAGUGCUGUUAUACAACAGAAAGAAUGGUUCGUAAACGAUGUAACAACCGAAAGAAGGAUCCAUAAUAAUUAAAAGUAAUGGAUCUGGUGCUAAAAACAGAAAAUGGUACACCUCGACUCAUUGACACUGGUUCCAAAAAUCUCUCUGACAAUUCUGUUUCUGAAAAACCAAAUGUCGAACCUGAAUCCUGUGAAAUAAACAUUGAGUUUAAAGACAAGCUUCCAACUCCAAAUAUACUGGAUAAAGCAUUCUCUAUAGAUGAAAAUGAACUCGCCACACCUUUAGAACCUAUACAAGUGGAAUGUUUCCCAGUUACUAGCAGCAAUGGACCUAUUAGUGAUGAAAGUACCUCAGACAGUAGUGGAAAAUCAGAUGAAGAUGAUGGUUAUGUGGAGGAAAAUAUCGAAGACAGCACAACAGAAUUUGAGGAAAAUUAUGCUUCUGAUAAUAUGACAUUGGACCCCAAUGGCUUGUGUGAAUGUGAAGAUGAAAUUUUAAAAGACACACCAACUAUAGUGAUCAAUGAAAAAAGGAAAAAAUGUUCCGAUAGUCUAGAUACCAUUCCAGAAAAAGAUACAGAGACUGAGGUUCUGCCAGAUAUACAAAAUAAAAUUUCUUACUCUUCUAUUCUUAAAGGGACACCUUCAAAAUACGAUCCUGAUUAUUUCAUAAAUAACAACAGAAAUAAAAGAAGUGUGUCAUUUCCUGCAGAUUUAUCACAGCUAGUUAGUUUCUGUGAACCUGAUAACUAUACAACAUGGACCAUCCAAAGAGAAUUGUCAUCUGAAGAAAUUCUACAAAUGUAUCAGAAUUCUUGUAAAAAGCACAAAACUAUAGAGCUUGACAUAAUUAAAUCCCAAAUUCAUGAUAUAAAAAACAAUACAAACCAUUCAGCAACAAUUAAGCUACAUUCAAUCAAAAUAACUUCUGAAGUAAAUGAAACACUUGAAGACAUGUUAAAAGUUACCAAUUUUCAUACAGUUAUCCUUAACGAUUGCAAAUUUACUCCAGAAACUUUGAGCGAAUUUUUAAAUAUGCUUGAAUAUUACGAUUCCACGUGCCACCUUGAAGUUGAGAUGAUUUUUGAAGAUGAAGAUCUUUGGAAGACAUUUUGUCUCGCUUGCACGAAUAUCAUGUCUUUAGAAUCUUUGACCUUUAAAAAGAUGGACAUUAAUGAAACUUAUAUGAGAUCUCUUUUGAGUGCUGUCAGAAAUAAUUCUAAUAUUACCAUACUGAAGUUUGACAGCUGCAUACUCAUGAAAUUGCCCAGUUUUUAUUUAGUUGAAAGUUUAAUGACCAAUAGAACAAUUCGAGAAUUAUACCUGCCGUCUACGGGUCUUUAUACAAAGGAAGCUGAAGUUAUUGCUCGAUUUUUGAUGAAUAAUACACACUUAAAAGUUCUUGAUAUAAGUAAUAAUUUUAUUGGUGAUCGAGGACUGGAGUCGCUAGCAAGAGGACUUUGUACACAAAAUGAACCCGGAGUUGGAAUAUCGGCCCUAAGCAUUUUUAAUAACCAGAUUUCAGAAAAAAGUGGACCAAUUAUUGGCAAUAUUAUUAAGGAUUGUAAAAAUCUGCACACUCUUAAUAUUGGUUAUAACAAUUUGACUGAUGAAGUACUUAAACAUAUAAGUUCAAGUCUACCCUUUACUUGUUCGCUUGAAGGGCUAGGGCUGCAGUGUACCUUAUUAACAUGCAAAGGACUGGAUUCAUUGGCAGAAGCAAUUCCGCUAAAUCAUUCGUUACAGAAAAUAAAUUUUAAAGGCAACAAGGCCAUUCAAAUAAACGGAGUUGAAAAAUUGUGCCAAGCUUUGACCAAUUCCAAAAUUAUCAAGAUCGAAAUUGAUGAAAAUAAUCGUUCAUGCAGUGAUCCAGAAGCGUAUUCGCAGCUAGUUAAGAAACUUAAUGGGAUUUGCACAGUUAACAAAUCUUUUACAGAACAUUUGGAAGAGCAGGAUUUGCCAGAUUUAUCCUUAGUAAUAUCCAGGAAAAUGUCUCUUAGUUGCGAACCGAGAUAUACGAUUCCUGAAAAUACUUACCAGAUUGGAUCGCCAAGGUUAUCGCCUAUUCCCUCUCCUGCAGCAAGUCCUGCUCCCAAAAGUAGGUUUGAAAUUGUUAAAGUGGCAGAAACAAGCAGCAGCUGUAGCAGUACCAGUGUUAGUCCCAGUCCGAGUCCCAGUCCCAGAUCAAAAUCAAGAUUUCAUGUAACUACUGUACCGCCGUCUCCAGAUGAGGAAAUAUUGCUUGGUAGAUUUGCAAAUGUACGAAGCAGCGUUUCCUCAAAUGAUAGCAUGGACUCUCUGGCCACAUUACACUUAGAUAGUGAUAGCGAGUAGGUACUCCACUAAAUCAACAGAGUAUUCAAAUGAAAACUUAGGUAUCUCCAAAACUAUUUCUGAUUUGGUGAGAUUAUUGAGUAUACUGGUCAGUCUGUGAUGAGGUAGAUCACGAAUUAUGCUUCUUACGUUCGUAUCUGAAGACGGCAAGAUAAGCAACAUGGAGAAUUUAUCCUGA